AUGUCGAUAAAACUUGCAACAUCCUCUUCCUCUUCUUCCAGCACAGGAGUCAAGUCAGAACCUCCUUCUUGGUUGGACAGUCUUCCUCCAUCUUCAGCUACCUCCAUCACCGCAUUCUCUGAUAUCACUCUUGGAUCGACCGGGUACGACUCAACGUCAAGCACGCCCAGACGAAAUGCAUCUAGAAGUUCCGCCAAACGUAAACGAAAUACAGAUUAUCGAAACGAUUCAUCCGUUUAUUUUGUCUCUGACAUAAUAGCUCGAUCGUUCGAGAAAUCCCUUGGACCGAAUAGACAAAUGGAAAACCAGUAUCUGGUUAGAUGGGAGGGAUAUGGACCUAAGGAUGAUACGUGGGAAUAUAGAAGCAAUUUGAUGGGUGGAGCUAGUGCGCUGGUGAAAGAGUUUGAAUCGAAACUAGAACCGUCUCCUAUGUACGCUACCGAGUGGCAUACCAAGAACGAGAUGGAACUUAUAGGUGGAUUGGAAACUGAAGAUAUCGAUCAGGCAAUCAGUGAUCACCGUGAAGGGAAACUGCCUGGGAGUGCUGAUGUGCCGAGGUCACCGAAGAAACAGAAGGCAGUUCAGCCCACAAAAGGUCGACGUAUCUUGGAAAUUUUGGACAGGAAGGAUUGGAAAAAGCCCAAAGAUGGGAAAGGACAUUGCACGAGGUAUCGUGUUCGAUGGAAAGAAGGAAGACAAAUGAAAGAGGAAUGGUUGAUAUAUGGUGGGAUCUUAGAUAGAUUUGGGGAUGAAGGCCGACAAUGGCUCAAGGAAUGGAAUGAGGAGAUGGGUAAUGGUGCUCAAUACAAGAAACCCAGAAUGACAGAAUCUUCAACUCCGCUCAGUGAAUACGAGAUAGAACGCAGGCAGAAUAUGGAGGCGAAUAAGGAAUUGAUGAUGAGUUUGGGAUUAUGA